AUCCCACCAGGGUACAGAUCUGAGCCAUACGACGUCGUCUGGAUUUUGCAUCCAAAGGUAAUGAAAAGAUGUGAAGAAUGUUUUGCCCUUAUGACCCACCUGCCCUGCGAACUCUCAGAAUUUCUCCCGAAUUCAAAGUCUCGCACCGUCUGGCGGGAAACGCAUCUAAGAGGUCAGAACUCUCUCUCUCUCUCUCUGGGGUGUGUUUCAGAGAACAUUUUCAUAUCAUGGAUGGCAAUGAUGCAUCUUCUGACCAAGUCAUUGAAAAACUGAUUGAAAUGGGAUUUGAGGAUUUCGCCGUCAAAGAAGGUGUAAAAGCAAGGGGUCCAUCAUUUGUUGAUGCACUUGACUAUAUCUUGAAUGGUCCUUGUAGAAAUGGUGGGGGCACAUCAAGUAGUUCUAGAUGUUCCACGGGCAAUAGAAAGGCUCUGCGAAAGAGAGCCUUCUCCUCCUUGCAUCCUUCAAGUGAAACACGACAGUCUAGCAUACUGGACCAUUUCCAAUUCAAAGCUAGACCGAAACCAAGCAAGGUUGAUGCUGUACCUGAUAUGUUGGUGUCUGGAUCAAAUGUGUCGCCUUCUUAUGUUAAAGACCAUAGGGAUUGCACUCAGGAGUUAGACAUUGGAACAGAUUGGGAGAAGAAAGCUAUCAGUCUCUUGCAAAAUCAUUUUGGUUAUUCAUCUCUGAAGAAUUUCCAAAAGGAAGCAUUGGCUGCCUGGUUUGCUCACCAAGAUUGCCUUGUUCUUGCUGCAACAGGGUCUGGAAAAUCACUCUGUUUUCAGAUUCCAGCAUUAUUAACAGGGAAGGUUGUAGUUGUGAUUUCCCCCUUGAUUAGCUUGAUGCAUGAUCAGUGCUUAAAACUUGCAAAACAUGGGAUCUCUGCUUGCUUUCUUGGGUCUGGGCAACCUGACAGUUCUGUGGAACAGAAAGCAAUGAGAGGCAUGUAUGACAUAAUAUAUGUUUGUCCAGAGACAAUUUUAAGAUUGAUAGAACCACUUCAGAGGCUUGCAGAAAGUCGUGGAAUUGCUUUAUUUGCAAUCGAUGAAGUCCAUUGUGUUUCCAAGUGGGGCCAUGAUUUUCGGCCUGAUUACAGGCGAUUGUCUGUGCUGCGGGAGAACUUCAGUGCUUGCAAUUUAAAAUUUUUAGAAUUUGAUAUACCACUGAUGGCAUUGACUGCUACUGCCACAAUACGGGUUCGAGAAGACAUUCUUAAGUCUCUAUCCAUGUCGAAGGAAACAAAGAUUGUGCUUACUUCAUUUUUCCGCUCAAAUCUUCGGUUUUCGGUAAAACAUAGUAGAACAUCUUCACCAUCUUCCUAUGGGAAGGAUUUCUGUGAACUGAUAGACAUAUACGUCAGAAAGAGAAAGACUGGUUACAAGAAACAGAUUACAAUGUCAGAAGAAUUAGGUGGUGCAUCUGAUGGCCCUGAUAUUAGUUGCAUAUAUAAGGCAGAUGGAAUCUCUCGAAAUGAUCAAAACCACACUGAGGAUUCGUAUUCGGACAGAGAUAUUGAUGAACCAUAUUCAAUGAAGGAAAAUGGGUCAACAGCUAUGAAGGGAAAAGAAAUGUCCAUUGAAUAUUUGGAAAAUGAUGUGGAUGUCUUUCAUGGUGUGGAUGAUUGGGAUGUUGCCUUUGGUGAAUUCUGUGGGCAAUCUCCUCAUGCAUGCUGGGGUUCGAGUGGGUUAUCAAAGACAGUCGAUCCACCAAAUGAGCCGAAAGAAAUACUAAGACUUCUCCAUGAACCUUUAGAACAAGGAUUGACCAUUAUAUAUGUUCCUACUAGAAAAGAGACAUUGAACAUCACAAAAUAUCUUUGUGAGCGUGGUGUGAAGGCUGCUGCUUAUAAUGCUUCGUUGCCAAAAUCACAUUUAAGGCAGGUUCACAAGGAAUUUCAUGAAAACAAUUUAGAGGUUGUCGUUGCAACAAUUGCUUUUGGAAUGGGAAUUGACAAGUUGAAUGUCCGAAGAAUUAUCCACUAUGGUUGGCCACAGAGUUUGGAGGCAUACUAUCAAGAAGCUGGUCGAGCUGGCAGGGAUGGGAAAUUAGCAGAUUGCACUCUGUAUGCAAAUCUAACACGAGUACCAUCACUCUUGCCGAGCAAAAGAAGUGAAGAGCAGACGAAACAUGCAUAUAAGAUGCUAUCUGACUGCUUCAGAUAUGGCAUGAAUACUUAUCGCUGUCGGGCUAAGACACUUGUGGAGUACUUUGGGGAGGAUCUGAGUUAUGAGAAGUGUCUCUUAUGUGAUGUUUGUGUUGAUGGACCUCCUGGAAUGCAGAAUUUGAAAGAGGAGGCAGAUGUGUUGAUGCAGGCUAUUGCUUCUCAUCAUGAGAAGGAAAGUUUUAUGGAUGGCUCAUAUGAUGAUGCUACAUGCACUGGCAUGAAGCAAUGGCACUCUAUGGAAAUGCCGAAUCUCAGAAUGCUUGUUGGUAAAAUAAGGGAGCAGGUGACACUAAAUUUAGCCUGUGUGUGUGUGUUCUGCGAUGGUGGGAAUGUGUGUGCCAGAUGUUUUAUAUGGGGGUUUAAGACGUUUCUCAAAUUCUUGCUAUUUGUUUGUUUUUAUCUGAUGGCCACAUGCAGUCCCAAAAAUUUGUGGCAACUGAUCUGCUAUGGUGGCGAGGUCUUGCACGGAUUAUGGAAGAUAAAGGAUACAUUCGAGAGGCAGAUAAGAAGUCCAACUGGGGACGGAAAUAGCGAAGUACUUGUUUGCACCCGUCUAAAACUAGGAGCUACAUCCAUGUUCGUACGUCUGAUAGCACCCCAUGCGUGGAUUCAUGUUCAGAUUCAAUUCCCAGAGCCAACAAAACUCGGCCUGGAACUUUUUCAAUCUGAAAAGGAUCAAUUUUUUUAUGUUUAUCCGGAGGCAGAUAUGCUGCUGUCAGUGAGCAAGCACAAAUCUUGUACAACUUUCUCAGAAUGGGGAAAAGGCUGGGCGGAUCCUGAGAUCCGACGCCAGCGCUUAGAGAGGAUGCAGGUGCAACGGAAUAGAAAGCCAGAAAGGUCAACUGCACCACGGAAACGAAAGCAUCGAGGACCACAAACCUCACGAAGUAGAAAAUCAAGUAAACGCAACCCAGAUUUAAGAACUGUUAGAGGAAGGAUAGAAUCGAAACUCUCAAAAUAUCAGUGAUCAAGGUGCCAUUGAAUCUGAUAGCGUAAAACAUAUAUUGAAGACUCGAUUGGAUUGUUCUGAUCUUCAAUAACAAUUAUUAAAUUUUUGAAGAGCAUGGUUUUGUAUAUGCACUGUUAAAGAGCAUAAUAUCAAAUUUGAAAGGAAUUAGAGAAGUUCUUAAUUUCAAGAAUUUGCAGCAGUAAA